UGUUUAGCUAAGUUUCCGUGCAAAGAUGGAAGUCAUGGUUGCCAAGAUGUUUGCUUUGAGUCUAAUGACGUAGCUACAUGCGCAUGUCGUAUGGGAUAUCAGCUAAAGUCAGACAAAAAGUCAUGCGAAGAUGUCGAUGAAUGCAAUGAAGGAAAGGCCAGAUGUAACCAGCUUUGUUACAAUAAUGAAGGCAGCUAUGAUUGCGGCUGCAUUGGAGGAUUUCGUCUCAGUGCUGACAAUGUGACCUGUGUGGAUAUCGACGAAUGCAUCGAAUGGACUUUCAAUUGUUCAGCUUCGCUGCGAUGUGAAAACACCAUUGGGUCCUACAAYUGUAGAUGUCAGGAAGGCUUAUAUUGGAUUGACAACAGAUGCCGUGAACUGUCAAGUGGAGAGAAGAAACCAACCCCUAAACCUCCACCAAAGCCACCAAUACCAUCCAUAGACGAUCUCCGUAAUUCUGUCAACGUUACGAUCAAAGAACUGGACAUUUCUGAGUGGACUCUACAACUCGAUCUUGUGUUUAAAAAGGGUGUUGCGCGUGAAAAGUAA